CGGCUUCGAUCAAGGGUUCCUCGGGGCAUAAUUUCCCAGCUCGUUCGUCAUAUCAAGAUCGUUGCUUAGCGAAGGAUUCUCCCCGGCCAUCUACAUCAUGUCUGCAAAGGCUAUGCCGGAGAAGGAGGAUAAUAUCCUGAAACAAGCAUUGGAUGCGAGGAAGAAUCAGAAGAAGAGGAACCAGGGUACCGGAGCUGGAGAGAACUCAGGCUCGGCAGGCUCCCCUCACAAGAUUCAUGUCGACGAGAGGUUACCCAAGAGACCUCGUGCUUCCGAGGGGGGACGUCCGGAUCAGUCGAACCUGGGUCCCGGGCGCGCCUUCGUGUUGCCUUCUUGCUACAAGGAUGGAGGCUAUUUUGAGAAGUUCCCCUUGGCUACCUCACCGGAUGAAGCUCGUCGGAUCAGUGAUAUGGAUCCCCCGUCUCUUCAGAAACAGUUGGCGUGCGACAGUGCCGCCGUGGUGAGGGUCUUGGAGAUGGCCCAAGUGUUGGCUAGUGGAGGUUCGGGCUCGACCGAGGCCCUGAAGGAGGCCGAGGCGGCUAAGAAGGUGGCCGAGGACAAGGUGAAGACCAUGGAGGUCGAGCGCAAGGAGUUGAGGAAGAAGGUCGAUGCGGCCCUGAAGCAGAAAGAUGCGGAGGUCGCGGCUGAGAAGAAAAAGCUGGCUGACCUUCGACUCGAAUGGGCUCCCUCGGCUGACGAGUCGCCGGAUGUGGCAGCUCUGAAGUCCAGGGCUGAGUUUGCGGAGAAGAUAGAAAGCCUGAAGAUAAGCCUGACCGACAUGGCCGACGUCGGUUUCGAGCGUGCUCUUAACCAGCUGAGGCUUCUGAACCCUGGUUUGAAGGAGGAUAAUGUCGGGCUCUCUUCGAGGAUCGUAGAUGGCGUGUUGGUGCCUGAGUCCCCGGGGAGUGAAGAGUAG